GUUUGAUUGGAAAUGUAUCGAACAUUGAAGAGUACUUUAACUUGUGUGAAUUCGAUCAUUCCCACAUAUGUUUUAUUGGAAAACUUUCAUGUUUGAAAGUGUCAUAUGGAGUUUUUCUGUCAUUUAACGAAACAGAUGCAAUGGUUUUUGGAACAACAUGUUUAUUUCUGGUAAUUUCAGUUUUUGUGCACUCUUGGAAAAGACCGGCAAAUGAAGUGUUGUUUUACCCAUGGUUAUUGUUAAUUAUCGAGAUAUCAUUGAUCAAAGAGCCAGGAAUCAAAGCAGCAGAAACUUCAAAGUCAUCUAAUCAAGGCGGUACUGUGAUAUUGAAUUGUGAAUUGAAAUUUCCAGACAAUAAACCUGUUGAUACCAUUAUACAGUGGAAGAAAAGCAAUCUUAAGACCCCUGUGUUUCUUAGAUAUAGUAACUAUGAUGCUAAUAUACAUGAAGACUUUGUAGGUAGAAUAGAACUGGUUCAGGGCGCUUCGCUAAAAAUAACAAGAAUACAGGCUAAAGACGAGGGAUGGUACGAGUGUACUAUUGACUUUAUUAAUGGAAUUGGUGAUACCAAGAAGAAUGGUACCUGGGUAUAUCUUAAUGUUAAUACACCUCCAAAAAUCUUAGAUAGUACACCAAGUAAAUACAAACAGCAGCAGGGAAAAACCAUAACAUUAUAUUGUAAAGUUUCUGGUACCCCAGAACCAACUGGUUUCUGGCUGAAGGACAAUAGAGAAGUACGGUCAUCGUCUCGUGUCACCAUCUCAUCUGAUAAUACAGAAGUAGAGAUCAGAGAUCUACAGAGAUCUGAUGGAGGAACUUAUACUUGUAAAUUCUCAAACACAAUCGGUAGCAUAUCACAAAGGAUAGAUUUGAUAGUAGAAGGUGCAGCAUACAUUUUAAGCCCACCGUCCAAUACAACUGCCGUAGAAGGACAAAGGGUCACAUUACAUUGUGGAGCUGAUGCCUUCCCUAACAACAUCACGUACCGCUGGUACUUCAAUGAUCGUAAUGUCAACACAUACCUCGGCUACGGCCAGAGAAUUUAUAUUCAACCAGACGGUACUCUCGUUUUGUCUUCGGUCAACAAAGAUGAUAUGGGAUGGUACAUUUGUAGACCAAGUAAUGGAGUUGGUCAAGACCCAGAGGCCUCCGCCUUUUUAAAUGUUACAUAUCUUCCAAAAAUUUUAAGUAUGCCCAGUAGAUUAAUUUGGGCAUUAGGAUUUACUGAGAGAUUAGAUUGCUUAGUGGAUGCUAACCCACCUGUGUCAGAAAUUAUAUGGAUAAAGGAUAGAUUUAUAGUACAGUUCGGCCAGGGUUCUACCACACAGCUGGCCAAUGGCUCCUUGUUGAUAUAUAAUGUAAAGAAAAGUGACGAAGGCAGCUAUAGUUGUACUCCUGUUAGUUCUGUAGGAAAUGGUCCAUCAUCCCCUCUCGUGCAAGUUAUAGUUAGAGACCCUCCAAAAUUUACAUACCGACCAGAGGCAAGAUAUAUUCGGAAGCCUAAUGACAGUGUUGUGAUGCCAUGCGGUGCCUCCGGAGUACCGCCUCCACUUAUUACAUGGCGAAAAGUUUCGGGUGUGUUAGACUUCGGAGGGCGAGUGACUAGACUUGGUGGUAAUUUAACGAUAGUCCACAUAGAGAAACAAGACCAUGGACUAUAUGAAUGUGAAGCAAGUAAUGAUUUCACCAGAAUAGUUACAACUACUCAGCUUAUUAUAGAAAGUACCACACCCCAUGCCCCAUACAAUGUUACCGUUAUUACAAGCUGGUUUGAUGCCUAUGUUACAUGGAUUCCUGCUUACAAUGGUGGCAGUACACAAAGUUUUGUUAUAUGGUACAGAAGUGUAAACGGAGAGGUCAGCCAGUGGGUCACAAUGAGGAUAGAGAAUGCGACCAAUCUGAAGGUGUUUAGAUUAGAACCUGACACAUUGUACGAGUUUAAAGUCCUCUCAAGAAAUGCCUACGGUGACGGGAACUUUAGUGAAGUUAAACUUGCCAGAACUCUAGGAAAUAGAACACAAACAUCAAGAAGACAUGAAAUUGGAGAAGCUGAUAGCUAUCCCACAGCUCUUCCUACUUUACCUUCAGGUCAUACUUACAUUCCAAUUAUAACCAGACCUCUUGGUGAAAGACCACCCUCUCCAAGAAACACAACAGCUUUUUUUGAAAAUGGUGGAAUAAGAAUUACAUGGUUGGCGCCAAUUGCAAACAAUAAAACACCAAUACUUUAUUACGUCAUAGAACAAACAACAAGUAAUAAUUGGAAGCCAUUGGAUAAUCAAGUGAUAGCGCCAUCUACUUCCUCUUUCAUCAAAGAUGGGAUAAUACCUUCGACAACCUAUCGAUUUAGAGUCUAUGCAUAUAGUUCAGUUUCGUAUAGCUUACCUGGGAAUGAGGCUGUUAUUGUAACACCUGCAGACUUACAUAAGCCAGCAACAGUGACUGCAGAUUAUAGCGAGGAGUCGAAAGGACUUUUUCUGUCGGAGGCAGAAAUCGGUGGCAUUGUCGGUGGUCUAUUGUUUCUAUUGGUUGCUGUAUUACUUGCCAUCAUUGGUAUUAUCUGUAGUAGGAAGAAAGAUAGAUCAAGGCCAGAUAAAUAUGGUAAUGUUAAGUAUAUGGGAACAUCGGAAGAAAUGGAAAGAACAACAGUUCCACACAGAAUGGAAGAUUCGUCAAAAUGGAGCCGUUCAUUCUCGGAUAGCAGAGCAGACGCUAUAAGAGGUUUUGCAGGUAGUGGUGUGUUUAUAGUACCUGAUGCUAACAGACAACUUUAUAGAAAGGAAGAUUUACAACAUGAUAAUUAUUUGUGGGAUGGAUUAAAUCCAAGCUCUAAUACAUUUGAUACAGACCAGAGCUAUUCAAGACAUAACCGCUCACGUGAUAGUUAUAAACGAUAUGAUAAUGUUGACUCUUUUGAAAGUGGAUGGUAUCCUGAAAGUCAAAGGGACAGGAGUUAUCCUGAUAGUCAAGGUCAUUCAUUAACUAGGCCUAGAUCAAUAAAGUCACCUUAUACAAGCCAUGGAUUUCCUGAUCCCGUUGAGGAUUUUAUGUCUAAAAGACCUUCUUCGGAUAGACGGAAAGACAUAGGUGACUCUGAUUCUGAUGAUAAUGGAUUUUUACCUUUGCGUCCACCACUACCUUUUGGGUAUGAUCCAACACCUGUAAAUAGAUUUCCAUCUUACGGGGACAAAAGUUAUGAUCGAUCAUACUCAAGGGACCAACCAUCAUAUAUUGACAAUGAUGAUGAUGUUUUUUCACCUCACAUUCCACAUGUACAAAAAUCAGGAUUUCCUCGCCAUAGUUCCAUGAAGCCAUCUUCUACGCAGACAUAUCUGACAGAUGAUCCGAUCAGUUUCACAACUCCAUACAAUGACAUUAGUUCUGUUCAUCCAUCACCAGAACAUACAUAUCAAAACAUUCCAUUUCAACGUCCAUGGCAUUCAUUUCCUACGUAUUAUUCAAAUGACAGAGAUAUACCAAAGAUUGAUAAUCCUCGCCUAAGUCAUUCAUUAGGUUAUAAUCCGCCAAAACAAGUAGCAAGAGUACAACCCAAUAACACAUCACCAAAAACAUAUACUCGUGACCAUCUACAAGGUACUGUAGACAAACUUAGACGUGGCCCUAGGCAUCGUAAAUCUAGAUCAGCAAGUAGAAAUUCUGCUCCUGAAUUUGACCGUUCUGAUGGUUAUCCUGUAGGUCGUAGAGGUCAUUCGUCUGACAGUGAGGCUGGGAGGGGUAGGGACUUUGAUAGACAUGGUAGGCCAUAUAGUUAUGAUAGUGAUCCGUCGUCGUAUAUUCCCAGAGGCAGCUUACGUGGAAGGUAUUUACCAGAUUCACGUUCAUUCCGAGACGAUCCUACCCCUGACUCACUGAGCAGUGGUAUAGGGAGUAAAAAUACCUCACAGGCCACAGGGUCAACUUCAGGUUCACGAGUUCCAAGGCCAAGCCUUUCAUACAGUUCACUUUUAACACCACAAGAUAAUGAUUUCAGUCAAGAUUCACCAUUUCAUGAUCAAAGCUUACAUAGGGACACAUCGGCAGAUGAAAAUUAUGAAUUUGAUACUCCAGAUCUCGAUACAAUACUUGCGUACCCUGCUUCAUCAGGAGGGGACGAAUUGUUAAGUGCAAUAGAAAGUGGACUUAGUACAUCAGACUUUUAUAAUGAUCUCUAUCCAAAACCAUCAAAACAAAGCAAAUAUGAGAACUCGGAACAGAGGUUUGAAAAACUUCGUCAAGAAUAUCAUCAGUUUCAACGUCAACAACAUGAAAUGUCUCACCACCAUCAUUUUAUAGAUAGUGAAAUGCUUUGACCUUGGUCAAUGAACUUAAAUUUAAGUCAUAACCUAAGUUACAACUUUUUUUACUUCAUUAGAAACAAUUUCGAACCUUUUUUAAUGUACUUCAACUAAA